CACCUGUCUUAUUCUCACUCUCCUUUGGAGGUUUAACACAGCUCCAAAAAUGGAGGUGUGUGUGAAAAAUGCGGAGACUGAAUAGACACAGGCUAUCCGAGAGAAGAAACGGGGUCAGCGGCGGAAAAGGAGGACAUUGUCGGCUCUCGCCCCCCCGGUGACUCCCAUGUCUCUCGUCGGGGUGGGUCUAACCCAAAAUAUUCGUCAUCCUACAAUGGGCUGUGAGAGAUCGACUCAACUCGGAGAAUCCUCUCGCAGCUGUAUAGCCGAAGAUAGGACCAAGACGGACCGAGUCGAUGACCGUGGCCUGUCCGCUUUUGUUCCGCGCCUCUCGGCCCGGCGUCCCGGCAGUCUGCCGUGCUUUGCGCAAAUGCGGUCGGCGUAGAGAAGACAGGCCUCCGAGGAGCACUUUCAAUGUUGAAAUCCAGUCUUUGUCAGUCAGCGUAGUAGGCUAGUGAAUCGAUUUCUUCAUAGUUCCGCUGAGCGGAUGAAUUGAGCCAAAAGAGAGAGAGAGAGCGAGAGAGAGAGAGAGAGAGACUGCAGUUCUGGUGCGUGUGAUGAUAGGAGACACAAUGACGCUCUUGUCUCUUCUGGGUCGGAUUAUGCGUUAUUUUCUCCUCAGGCCUGAGACAUUGUUUCUGUUGUGCAUCAGUCUGGCGCUGUGGAGUUAUUUCUUUCACACGGACGAGGUGAAAACCAUCGUCAAGUCCAGCCGGGACGCCGUGAAAAUGGUGAAAGGGAAAGUGGCGGAGAUGAUGCAGAAUGACCGGCUGGGAGGCCUCAGUGUCCUGGACGCAGAGUUCUCCAAAACCUGGGAGUUCAAGAGUAACAACGUAGCCGUGUACUCCAUACAGGGGAGGCGAGAUCACAUGGAGGACCGCUUCGAGGUGCUCACCGACAUCACCAACAAGAGCCACCCGUCCAUAUUCGGGAUAUUUGACGGUCACGGUGGAGAGGCUGCAGCUGACUAUGUGAAGGCCCACCUGCCAGACUCCCUGAAGCAGCAGCUGCAGGCCUUUGAGAGAGAGAAGAGAGAUGGUGCUCUCUCUUACGGCAGCAUCCUGGAGCAGCGCAUCCUGACCGUGGAUCGUGAGAUGCUGGACAAGCUCUCUGCAAACCACGAUGAAGCAGGAACGACAUGCCUAGUAGCGCUGCUGUCAGACAGAGAACUCACAGUGGCUAACGUUGGAGACUCUCGUGGUGUGUUGUGUGACAAAGAUGGGAACGCUGUUGCACUAUCACACGACCACAAGCCGUACCAGCUCAAAGAGCGCAAGAGGAUCAAGAGGGCAGGAGGUUUCAUCAGUUUUAAUGGAUCCUGGAGAGUCCAGGGAAUCCUGGCUAUGUCCCGCUCUCUAGGGGACUACCCGCUGAAGAACCUCAACGUAGUCAUCCCCGACCCCGAUGUCAUGACCUUUGACAUGGACAAGCUGCAGCCAGAGUUCAUGAUCCUGGCAUCAGAUGGCCUGUGGGACGCUUUCAGCAACGAGGAGGCCAUUCGGUUUGUCCGCGAGCGUCUGGACGAGCCUCACUUCGGCGCCAAGAGCAUCGUCCUCCAGUCUUUCUACCGCGGCUGCCCCGACAACAUCACUGUCAUGGUGGUGAAGUUCAAAAGUGGAGCUGGGGGGAGCAGCAAGGCAGGGGAGUAGGUCAGGCUCAAGUUUAGGGCUCACAUUGUGAUCAAUGUUUUCAAUGAUUUUCCACAUCUUCUGGAUGGAGCAGCGAGUGCGAUAUCCCAGUAGGACUGGAGGAAUUUAAAAGUUACUGAGAACUGUACAAGUGCACGCACACACAUACACACAUACGCACACAUGCGAAAACACGUUCAAAUUAGGUUUUGUUUUGUUUGUAGGUUUCUGAUUGAGAUAAGGGCAUUUAAACACAAUACAGAUAUCAUAACCAUCUGCAAACUUCAUAAUGAAAACCUGAAAAAAUAUUGAAGUUAUCCAACAGUGGAGAUGCAUAAACACAGACAGACACCAGGCAGGGGAUUCUUUCUCUUAACCAGCACACUUUAGACUGUGAUUUAUUUACUACUGUAUACCGUUAAUGCACAUGAAUGGUACAGCUCCACUGGAGGCUUCUUCACAGGAGCCUUCAACUAGUGCCUAUUCAAAAACUACUGUGCAACCACAGGAAGCUAUUGAAAAAGUAUUUGCUAAAACACCACCCUGCUUGCUGCAUUUUGUUGAUGCUCUCAAGUAAUGUAAUGUAUACAUACUGUUACAUUUUUGAUGUGGAAAAUGUCAAACAUAAAAAGACUCCAGUGGAUCCAUACCUUUUAUUUAACUUGAAGUGAUGCUGCACCUAAAAUCUAACUUUUGAGUAUCAACUACUGGCCGCCUGUAGACUUAAAUGGUAGCUGUUAACCAUCUGUAGUUUCACCCUCUGGCUGCAGUCAGCUUUGAACAGUGUCACAAUACUCACUCACAAUACUGCUGCUGCUCUGUGGGUUGGAUUUCAUUCAACAUUUAGGUGCUUACACAUCUAAAAAUGAAAGAGAACUGUCUUUAAGUUAAAGCAGACACAAAAUCUGUGGCCAGGUUGGCUCAGUGGGUAGAGCAGGCGCUUAUAUAUUUAUGAGGUUAUAAGGUUUAUGCCUCGACGCAGAGGUCCAGGGUUCGACUCCGACCUGUGACGAUUUCCUGCAUGUCUUCCCCCUCUCUC